UUUUCUUCCAUGAGAAAUCAUCCGUGUUCUCUCCUCUCACACGGGUCUUUCUAAUCUUUCUUCCAUUUUUUCAUUUUCUUGAUUGUUUUUCUCUCAUCUAUUUACCACUGUACUUCUUUCUUCCUCCCCUUUUCAGAGAUUUAUAUCAACUUAGGGUUUUCAUUACUCAUACUAGCUACUGGGUUUCAUUUGCUUUCCGAUCAUGACUAUGUAGAUUCUAGAGUUCAAUUCAUUGAUUUAUUCCAUUUUACUUUUGGGUCGGUCAACCUUUCUUCUUAUGUACACUUGAGAGACUCAGUUUUGCGGCGGUGAUUAAUAAAUAUAUUUACUUGGGAAGAAGAUCUCGAGACAGAGACGUAUUGGGUAGAGUUUGUUUUGAUCCGUUAGUGUGUCGAGUAUUUUGCUGCUGAAAUUUGAACUGGCGAAUCUGAAUAGAAUUUGAGAAGAAAGAGAGGUCAAUCAGCUUUUUUUCUAACUGGGUUUUGAAAUCAUGGAUCUUGUAAUUGGUGGAAAGUACAGACUUGGGCGUAAGAUUGGCAGUGGUUCAUUUGGGGAGCUUUAUCUUGGUACAUGCUAUAUCCGUAAAUACACAAACUUGGGAGGAAGUUGCUGUGAAGUUGGAACCAACUAAGACGAAACACCCACAACUUCACUUAGAAUCUAAGUUGUACAUGAUUCUUCAAGGAGGAACUGGAAUUCCACACCUCAAAUGGUAUGGAGUUGAAGGAGAAUAUAGUGCAAUGGUUAUCGACCUCCUUGGGCCAAGCCUAGAGGACUUGUUCAACUAUUGUACUCGAAAGUUCUCACUGAAAACAGUUUUGAUGCUCGCAGAUCAGUUAUUAAACAGAGUUGAGUUUAUGCACUCAAGAGGCUUCCUUCACCGUGAUAUCAAACCCGACAACUUCUUAAUGGGGUUGGGACGCAGAGCAAAUCAGGUCUACAUUAUUGAUUAUGGCCUUGCAAAAAAGUAUAGGGACCUCCAAACACACAGGCAUAUACCAUACAGGGAAAAUAAGAACCUCACUGGAACAGCGCGUUAUGCAAGUGUUAACACCCAUCUUGGAAUUGAGCAAAGCAGGAGGGAUGAUUUGGAAUCUCUUGGCUAUGUGCUUAUGUAUUUCCUACGGGGAAGCCUUCCUUGGCAGGGUCUAAAAGGGGGGACCAAAAAGCAGAAGUAUGAUAAAAUAAGUGAAAAGAAAAUGCAAACAGCUAUUGAGGUUCUUUGCAAAUCUCAUCCUUCAGAGUUCAUAUCAUACUUCCACUACUGUAGAUCAUUGCGAUUUGAGGACAAACCCGAUUAUUCGUACCUGAAGAGAAUUUUCCGAGACCUAUUUAUUCGAGAAGGUUAUCAGUUCGACUAUGUAUUUGACUGGACAAUUUUGAAAUAUCCACAAAUUGGCUCCAGUUCUAGAUCCUCUCGGCAGCCGGUUGGAAAAAUAUCCUUGAACCCUGGUCCUUCUGCAGAAAUGGCUGAAAAGACACCUGUGAAACAAGAAGUUCAAGAUAGGUUUGCUGGGGCAGUAGAGUCAUUUGCUAGAAGGAAUGCAUCUGGUGCAGGCUUACGUGGUGAACAAUCCAGACAGCCUGACCAUUCUCGAUAUCAUCGAUCUUCUGAUGAAGCACCCUUAUCAAAGGAUGCGCAUGCUGAUUCUGAGAGAUUGGGAAGAUCUUCAAGAAACUGCAGCAGUACUAGAAGAGUAGGGGGGUUGUCAAGUAGCCGGCCAAGCUCGUCUGGUGAACCCAGCGAAAACCGAACAAGUCGGUUAGCUCUAGGCAUGACCCGUCCAUCCACCCAGAGAGUUCAACCCGGUUUUGAAUCAAAAUCUUCAUCUUUCACUCGUGCCCCUGCUGCAACAAGGGGGGGUACUAGUAGUCGUGAUGAUGCCCUCCGGAGCUUUGAGCUGCUUACUAUCGGAACUGGAAAGAGGAAGUAGAAAGAAAGAUCAUAGAAGGUUCUUCAAUCACGACGUCUUCAUUGGUUUCAUCAAUGUCUUCUUCCUGUAUUUUGGUAAGGAAAAAAGAAAAAAAAAAACUAGAUGAACUCCCCAUCCUGAUCUGCAGGAAAAGUAAUGGAUGACAAACCGAAAAAAAAUCUAAUCUUCUUGAUUAGGGAUUUGUUCAUAUUUUAAUUCUGAGAUCUACAUUUGUUGUUAUGAAUAUGGUGGACCUUUUCAUAUUUCCCUUUGUGGAUUUGGUUUUCAA